AUGGGUGGCAGGGUGAUGUUGGCAUUGAUGCUAUGCCUCUUGGCAGGAGCAGUAAGGGGUGAAGAUCCGUACGUGUACUACACAUGGAACGUCACUUAUGGCACCAUUUCUCCUCUUGGAGUACCCCAGCAGGGUAUUCUUAUUAACGGACAGUUCCCGGGUCCAGAAAUAAACUGCACAAGCAACAACAACAUAGUGGUUAAUGUGUUUAACAACCUCGACGAGCCAUUCCUAUUGACCUGGCACGGGAUUCAACAAAGGAAGAACUCGUGGCAAGAGGGUACCCUGGGAACCACAUGCCCCAUAGCACCAGGGACAAACUACACCUACCACUUCCAAGUGAAGGACCAGAUUGGAACAUACUUCUACUAUCCAACAACAGGAAUGCACAGAGCAGCUGGUGGAAUCGGUGGGCUUAGGAUCUAUAGCCGUCUGUUGAUCCCUGUACCUUAUGCCGAUCCAGAGGAUGAGUACUGGGUUCUCAUGGGUGACUGGUACAGCAAGACCCACACCAUGCUCAAGAAGUUCUUGGAUAGCGGUCGCUCUAUUGGCAGACCAGAUGGUGUCCACAUCAAUGGCAAAACAGCCAAGGGCGAUGGCAGUGAUGAACCCCUCUACACCAUGACCCCUGGCAAGACCUACAAGUACAGAAUCUGCAACGUUGGUCUCAAGGAUGCCCUCAACUUCAGGAUCCAAGGUCAUCCCAUGAAACUUGUCGAGAUGGAAGGCUCCCACGUCGUCCAAAACACCUACGACUCUCUCGACGUUCAUGUUGGUCAAUGCCUUUCUGUCCUUGUCACCGCCGACAAGGAACCAAAGGACUAUUACAUGGUCGCCUCCACUCGCUUCACCAAAUACCUUCUCACCGGUAAAGGCAUCAUCCGUUACGCCAAUGCCGUUGCCCCUGCCUCUCCCGAGCUUCCCCCCGCACCUGUUGGUUGGGCCUGGUCUCUCAACCAGUUCCGCUCCUUCCGUUGGAACCUCACCGCUAGUGCUGCAAGGCCUAAUCCUCAGGGUUCUUACCAUUAUGGUCAGAUCAACAUCACUCGCACUAUCAAGCUUGCCAACUCUGUCAGCAGAAGUCAAGGUCUUCGCUAUGCCCUCAAUGCUGUCUCACACGUCGAUACUGAAACCCCUCUCAAGCUUGCCGAGUACUAUGGCGUUGCUGACAAGGUUUUCAAGUACGACACCAUCUCUGAUGAACCCCCCGCCGAUCUAAACACCGUCGUCAAAGCACCCAAUGUCAUCAAUGCCACAUUCCGCAACUUCGUCGAGAUCAUCUUCGAGAACCACGGAAAAGUCGUUCAGUCAUACAAUUUGGAUGGUUACUCAUUCUUUGCGGUCGCCAUAGAGCCAGGCAGGUGGAGCCCAGAGAAAAGGAAGAACUAUAACCUUCUGGAUGCCGUGAGCAGACACACCAUUCAAGUCUUCCCCAAAUCAUGGGCCGCCAUUAUGUUGACCUUCGACAAUGCUGGAAUGUGGAACCUGAGAUCGGAGCAUGCUGAGAAUCGGUACCUGGGCCAACAACUCUACGUUAGCGUUUUGUCCCCUGAACGCUCCCUCAGGGAUGAGUACAACAUGCCAGAUACCCAGCUUCUUUGCGGCAUCGUCAAGGAUUUGCCCAACCCACAGCCAUACUCCAUCUAG